CAUCGAUUCUUGUCACUACAUUAAUUUGUUGGUCAUCUGAAAUUGCUUGGAGGUAAGAUACACAUUAAAGAAAGUGAUGUUAGGAAAAUGUAAUAGUGCUGUCUUACUGAAUUACUCAGAAAGGCAGGAAGUAAUCAACUUUCAUAUUACACACAAAUUAGGUAUGACACAGUCAUUAGAGUCUUGUAUACUGGACAAAUUAGUCAAAGAUGUCAUGCUUAAUUAAUAACCACAGGUGCGAGGUCUUUCCUGUUAAGGUGACUUGAACAAGGAAGUCGUUCAACAAAAAUAAAAACCGGUCGGGUUGCUCUUUGUUUGAAAUACCUUUGACUUGUAAACAUUCAGAUAUGCUGGCAACUGAGCUGUAACAAGGGACGUUAGAGCCGCUGAGUAUACUCAAGACAAAAGAUGGCAGGAAACCUCAAAAGAUCUUUUAAUUUUCUAGCACUUUUUUCUUUUUUUAGUGUCGCAUGUUUUGCGCUGGUUUUAUUCUAUUCCAGAAGAAACUUUAUGGCUAUUGUUCCUGAGACACAUAUUUUGACACUAGGAAACAAAACAUUUUCAGGGAUAGUAAAGGAGCGUGUCGCGAAGCUGCUUGCGAAGAGGAUCGAAGCCUCAAACAAAAGCAGUGAGAUGGCACGGAUACCAUCUGCUGUCAACAUAACUUUGGGCCCCUGCCCUGACAACCCUCCAGAUCUCGUAGGUCCGCUCCUCAUUGAGUUUGAUUUCAGACGGACUUGGGAAUAUGUGAGAAAGGAAGUCAGUCCUUCGCUUCAAAAAGGAGGAAGGUUCAAGCCAAAAGACUGUGUUGCAAAGCAGAAGGUGGCAAUCAUCAUCCCAUUCCGGAAUCGGCAUGAGCACUUGAAGCACUGGCUUUAUUACCUGCAUCCUAUACUGAAGCGACAGCUUGUGGACUAUGGAGUCUAUGUCAUCAACCAGGAUGGAGAAGGAGUCUUCAAUCGGGCUAAACUGAUGAAUGUAGGAUAUGUCGAAGCGCUCAAGGAAUAUGAUUAUGACUGCUUUCUCUUCUCUGACGUAGACCUGGUUCCCCUAAAUGACCGUAACCUCUACAGAUGUUUUGACAAUCCACGACACUUGGCUAUAGGCAUGGACAAAUUUAAUUUCAACUUACCCUAUAAGACCUUCUUUGGUGGGGUCGCUUCAUUUUCCAAACAUCAGUACUUGAAAAUUAAUGGGUUCCCAAACACUUACUGGGGUUGGGGUGGUGAGGACGAUGAUAUCUACAAACGAAUAAUCUUCCGUAGAAUGCAGGUUUCUCGACCUGACUUACUGACAGGCAGGUACAGGAUGAUCAGACAUCAAAGAGACGAGCACAACGAUCCAAAUCCAAAGAAUCCUGAUAAACUCUUUCGAACACGAUGGACCAUGAAUGCGGAUGGCAUUAAUUCCCUCAAAUACACAGUAAAGAACAUUGAGAAGGAUAUCUUGUACACUUUUAUCACUGUAGAUAUCGGCUCUCCUGAAUGAUCCGCAUGGAUGCAAUUUAACUCUCUUGGGCGGCUGUUCUUUAGUAAUUCAUUGGUGUUUUGAUCUCAGAACUGAACAAGUGACAACUUCGUUAUUGGUCGACUUAUGUUCUUAAAAUCUCUGUGAAUCCAAUUUGCCCUAAAAAUAAAUAAAUAAAUAAUUAAUAUACGUAUCCACUCCAACAAAAAGGAAAAACUUGACAUUUUUGACUUGUUGUGAAUAACUUGCAAUCAAAUUAGAAACAGAUCUUAAAGGUGUAUCUCUAAAUAAAUAAACCUUCACACUAUAAAAUAAAACUUAAUAGUGCAGCAUAUGACAUGACACUACAAGGCAGGGAAAUUGGUCAAAGGUGGCGACAAGUAUCAAAAUUGAUACACAAACUUUUUUAUGGUUACUUUUUUUGAUUAAACCCCACUAGCCUUCUGAAAACUGCAACUCAACUGCAUAUAUGUUGUUGCAAUUAUUUUGUCUCACUUGAAACAAAGAAGCCGUGAAGAUGUUUUUAGCAUCUAAAAGCAUACUCAAUCAAAAGUAAGACCUCUGAAGCUGCUAGUGUUCGAUGUUCUGUAGUGAAACAGCUGUUAACUUUAGAUGGAAAUGAUGGCCAAACUGGAAAAUGUCGAAAUUCUGAAUAUUCAAGCAACUCAUUUUUUUUUCUUUUUGUAUUGGCUGCACCAGGACAAACAUGGAAAUUCCAGAGCUCGUUUCUAUUUCAUUUCGCUCAUGGUAUUUCACCAGAAGCAGCUUAAUACACCACUCAUUACAUACACUAUCUACAGCCAUUUUUUCCUUUCUUUUUAUUUUUUUUUUCAAGAAGUUUCAUUGCACUAUUUUAAAAUGUUGUUUCUCAGAGGCCUUAAAUGCACUGAUUUCCUCAAAAUACCUUGCAAAAUACUAACUGCAACAGAAAGAAUAAUUUUCUGCCAGUAACAUUUUUUAAUGGAGGUUUAUGAAAAUAGUCGAUAGUAAAAAAUAACGUGUUCUUAAAAAUAUGGGGAAAACCCUGCAUGUUUGUGAAAACAACCAGCUUUAUGUUUUUGUGCAAUUUGCGACACAAAAAGGUUCAGACAAUGGUAAGCUGUAACAAUAACUGAAGGACGCACUAUUGUAUAAACUACUGGAGCUAACAUUUGAUUGGUUAGCAACCUGCAACCAUAAACUGUACAUUGCAGAGGCACACAGUGCUAUUCAGGGCUUAGUAACAGAUCAAUAAAAUACCAGUUUUCCAUGCCAAAACUGAAGCACAAACUUCUUGCACAGGCCAUAUUUUCAGAUAAUCCCAUUAAAAGUGCCAUAAGAAGCACCAACGGACAAACAAGUCAGUGACUCCACUUAGAGGAGAUAAGGACACUAAAACUGCUGUCUCAGAUGAAUGAAUGAAUGAAUGAAUUCAGUUCAGUUCAAAUCAAAGUUAUUUAUAGAGCACCCAUCAUAUUAUUUAUAUAUUUUUUAAUAUGGGAGUAUAAGUAGAUUAAUUCCAACACUGGCUUUAUUUUUCAGCCUCAGGAGUUGCCAUUUGGCACCAACAGAGGCAGCUAUGGCCGCUAUGUCUGCUCAAUGUUUGUGCUUUUAGUGUCUCUUUAGAGCAUUUGGAUUUCAAUUAUUUGACAAGUAAGACUGUAUACUAUGGAGUUUAUUUUCAUCAUAAAAUGACAUGACAUCCAGAUGGUAGAGUCAGAAUUUCAAUUCAUAAACAACAUAAAAGCAUGGAUCCAUUCGACCUUGUGUCCUAUUCAGGCAGCUAGCGGUGGUGUAAUGGUGUGGGAUAUUUUCUUAGCACACUUAGGGACAAGAAAGAUUUCGGCAAUAUUUUUAAAAUAUUUUUUCUCUAAUAUUUUUAUCGGGGAAAACGAUUAUCAUUUAAUCACCAUAGCCUACCUGAGUGUUAUAGCUGACUAUGGUCAUUCCAUUUCCCAGAAAUAUAGCACACCAUGUCACACAGUUCAUAUUCUGUCUAACCAGUUUCUUGAGCAUAACAAUGCAUUUUCUGUGCUCACAUGCCUCGACAAGCACUAAUUCAACAGAACACCUUUGGCAUGUAGUUGAACAGGAGAUUUCCAUCACUACUGUACAACUGACAAAUUUACCGCAACAGUGUGUUGGCAUAGGUCAUUAUGGAUCAAAACCUCUGAAUGUUGCCAGCUCUUUAUUGAAUUUAUGAAACCAGUAUUAAGGAACUUCUGAACGCAAAAGGGAAACCAACCUGGUUCUACCAAGGUGUAUCCAAUAAAUUGACUCUAUGCACCUGCUGAACCCAUUUUGACGUGGGUAUUUGAAGGAACUGAACUGUUCUGAGUUAUUUUUAUAUGCCUGUUGAUAUAUAUAUAUGUAUAUAUAUAUAUAUACAUAUAUACAUGAAAGCGAACAAAUGGGCUGCUGCCAGUGCUUGUAGUGCAGCGGACCUUCAAUUUACCCAUCAGCCCAAAAGUGCACCAGUCUGGUAUGCCAGAUUACCAGUCCACUCCUGUUCACAUGUACUUGAACUUCACAUGUUCACAUAAACUUGAGUGACAUCCCAUUCAUCUUACAGCUAUAACAGCUUCAAUUCUUCUGGGAAGGUUUUCCACAGGUUUAGACAUGUGCUUAUGGGAAUUUUUGACCAUUCUUCCAGAAGCACAUUUGUGAGGUCAGACACUGAUGUUGGAUGAAAUACCGGUGUCCUGGCAACUGCCACACCCAGACUCGUCCAUAAGAUUGCCAGGUGGAGAAGCGUGAUUCGUCACUCGAGAGAACGCGUCUUCACUGCUCUAGAGUCCAGUGACGACACGCUUUACAUUACUGCUAAGGCUCAGAUGUGGCUGCUCUCUACGCACUGUUGUUGAGCUAAUCUGAAGGCCAUGUGAAGUUUGGUCUGUAGUGACUGACUCUGCAGAAAGUUGGCGACCUUUGCACACUUUGUGCCUCAGCAUCUGCUAACCCCACUCUGUGAUUUUACAUGGCCUACUACUUCAUGGCUGAGUUGCUGUCGUUCCCAGUCACUUCAGUUUUGUUAUAUUAUCACCAACUGUUGACUGUUGAAUAUUUAUUAGUGAGGAAAUUUCACGACUGGACUUGUUGUACAGGCGGCAGCCUAUCACAGAACUACACUGGAAUUCACUGAACUUUUGAGAGCGACCCAUCCUCUUAGAGAUGUUUGUAGAAGCAGUCUAUAUGUCUACCAAUAACACUUAAGUACAGCUAUACAUGUCUAGAUAUAUCUAUGGAUUCACUACGUUAGACUGAUUAUUUUAAUGUGGUCAUCAUAUUGUAUAUUAUAUUAUAUAUUAUAUUCAUGCUUUUAUGGAAAUUCAUUUUGAGAAUUGAGUUAGUAUAAGAUGGUAAUCUCAGUAAAGUUUCAGCACAAACUCAGUUUAGUAUAAUUUUGAAUUCUAUAUUGAGUAAAAAUUUCAAAUCUUUGUACUUUGUAUUGCUGUGUCUGACCUUACAUUUUAAUAUUCUCAAUAUUUAUCUUGUGAUCCAUAAUUAAAUUUUGAAUCAUUUUGCUUCAUGCA